UGAACCCGUGCCAAGGUAAACAGUCGGGGCAGGCCAGCAACUGAUCCAAGACUUGCAGCUCCGUGUAUAAAUACGGGAGGGAAACGGGGGAUGAGACACGGAGCAUAGGUUGGUCUGCUCAGAGAGGAGAGAAGGAGAGAAGAGGAGGAGGAGAAGAAGAAGACGAAGAAGAAGAAAGAGAGAUAGAGAGAGAGAUAAGGACUGAGAGUGACAUAGAGAGUGAGAGAGAGAUAGGAGAGAGAGCAGAGACAGACAGAGUGUGUGUGUGAGAGUGGCCUGCAGCCGACCCUGCCUGUAACCGACAUUUCAACAUGACCCGAGUCCCGGCGACCUUCCUCCUGCUCUCCGCUGUUGCUGCCGUUCUCUGGCACGUUUCCCAAGCCAGCGAAGAUGGCCGGAGUGUGAACGACUGCUGCCUGAUGACGGCAAAUGUUCCCAUCCCGAUUCGCAUUGUGAAGGCUUACACGAUUCAGAAAGCCGGCAAUGGGUGUAGCAUCAACGCCAUUGUGUUCCUGACCAAGAAGGGGAAACGCCUUUGUGCCCCUCCAAAGGAGAAGUGGGCGAUCAAGCUGAUGAAGACCCUGAACCGCAAGAGUAAGAAGAGAGGCAAGUCCCAGCAGAGCCGCAGGCCAAAGAACUGAGGAGUGGCCGCGGCCCAGAGACCUUCCGGAACCUUCCCUCCGUUACCUCGCGCUCCCACCCGAAGAUGCCAAGAUAUAUUUGUUGCGGGGGGUGCAGACGGGAUAUCUCCCAACCCCACACACCCCACAGGCGAUGUUCCACGCUGAUCGCCAACCCCCUCAACGACCCCUCUCCCUCCAAUGUCAAAAUGCUGGCCCCUACCCUGGGACUCAACCCCCCCUCUCCCUCUCCCCCUCCUCUUUCACUCCCUGGAGAGGUGGGUCUAGAGUACUCGGUCCCCCACUCAACUGGCCCCCAGUUCGAUAUUGUACUCCUGUAACCAGCUGAAACGUGUCGGCAGGAACUGCAGAUGCUGGUUUAAACCAAAGAUGCCGGCGUAACUCAGCGGGACAGGCAGCAUCUCUGGAGAGAUGGGGAGGUGUAGAGGGAGCUUCACUCUGUGUCUGACCCCCUGGGAAUGGACAAACCUCUGUUCCAUCAACCCCACACUGUCCCUGGAAUAUCUCCCACCGUUUGUGGUUUAUCAAUCGACACUGUAAUGCUUCGAGGGAACUACACCAGGCUCCCCCUCCCCCCCCCCACUCCCCCUCACCCACCCAGUGGGGACCUCACUCGGCCCACCAAGAGAUCCCUGAUAAAAUGUGAAACUGAAAAACGUUAAGUGCCGGAGGAACUCCGCGGGUCGGGCAGCAUCUUUGGAGGGACUGCCUGGGACAGUCCCGAUUCAGAGAGUUGACCCGAAACAUCGGCCAUCUCCAUGGGACGGCUCGCUGGCGCAGCGGGUAGAGCUGCUGCGUCACAACGUCAGAGACCCGGGUUCGAUCCUGACUACGGAUGCUGUCUGUACAGGGUUUGGAUGGUUCUUCCUGUGACUGUGUGGGUUUUCUCCAGGAGCUCUGGAGAAAACUCCGGAGAGCUUCCUCCCACACACCAAAGGCAUACGGGUUUGUAGGAAAAAUGGCUCCUGUAAAUUGUCCCUAGUGUGUGUGGGAAGGAACUAGUGUGUACGGGGUGAUCGCUGAUCAGCGUGGACUUGGGCUGAAGGGCCUGUAUCCACGCUGUAUCUCUAAACUAAUCUAAACUGAUGCUGCCCGACCCGCUGAGUUCCUCCAAAAAUGUGAAAUAUUAUGACAAUAGACAAUAGGUGCAGGAGUAGGCCAUUUGGCCCUUGGAGCCAGCACCGUCAUUCAAUGUGAUCAUGGCUGAUCAUCCCCAAUCAGUACCCCGUUCCUGCCUUCUCCCCAUAUCCCCUGAGUCCGUUAUUUCUAAGAGCCUUAUCUAGCUCUCUCUUGAAAGCAUCCGGAGAACCGGCCUCCACCGCCCUCUCAUCUCUCCCCCUCCCCCCAUUAUCUCUGCCAACGACCGUCCUAACCCCCCACCCACCCUCUCCACCAUCCCCGUGUGAUGGCAAGAGAGGUAAAAAGCUCUCCCCUGGAACAAUGUGAACACCGAUAAGUGAAUGUCCUUAUGAAGCUACCACAUUGUAUGGUGCUACUCGAGAUGGGGGAAGGAGAAACAUGCGACACCUUGAUACCUCCAGUGGUUGCUAGGAGUAUGCGACGGAAAAUGUUUCCCCUUUCCUCCGCAGAUGGUAACCUUGCAUCAACCGUGGGCCUGACCUUUGGUUCCUCCUGCAGAGCCUUGUUGGGUUGUGUUUGAUUUAAUGGUGCCUAUCUCUUUAACUGUUCCACUCCAGUAAACCACAGUAAGCUGGCCUGUCAUUCAGCUACUUUAUAUCAAGUUCUUGUAUAUUUUGAUCUUUUUUUUUUUAAACGUGGCGUUUUGUACUGUUUUAUGAUAUUAAUUAAAAAACUUGGAUUAAUUCACUGUCUCUGAACUUAUGUUCCCCCUCGCUUGCGGGAUGGAGGGGAGACCUCAAUCUUUGUCUAAUGGUUCAAUGGUUAUUUAUUACCGAGGUACAGUGAAAUUGUUAUUUAAGUGAGAGAUUACUGCCAAUCCCCAGUUAAAUACCGAAUGCAUAGAAACAGCCCACUAUUGAGGAUUGAGCAGGCUAGAACGUUAUCCUAGGCACACAAUGCUGGAGUAACUCAGUGGGACAGACAACAUCUCUGGAGAGAAGGAAUGGGUGACGUUGCGGGUCGAGACCCUUCUUCGGGCUGAUGUCAGGGGAGUGGGCGGCACAGAGAUAGAAUGUAGUCGGAGACAGUAAGACUGGUGGGAGAACUGGGAAGGGGGAGGGGAUGGAGGGAGAGGGAAAGCAAGGGCUACUUGAAGUUAGAGAUGCCAAUGUUCAAACCGCUGGGGUGGAAGCUGUCCAAGUGAAAUAUGAGGUGCUGUUCCUCCAAUGCGCGCUGGGCCUCACUCUGACAAUGGAGCAUUUUGUGUAACAUCACUCAUUCCUUCUCUUCAGAGAUGCUGCCUGUCCCGCUGAGUUACUCCAGCAUUUAGUGUCUAUCUAAACCAGUAUCCGCAGUUCUUUCCUAGAGCUGUAUCCUGUUUCUCGCUCUCUCUUUAAGCUGGAAAGAGUGCAGACAAGAUUUACGAGGAUGUCCAAUACAGUUCAGCUCCGUUUAGUUUAUUGUCACUUGAACGGAAGUACAGUAAAAAGCUUUUGUUGCCAGGACUCAAGGGCCUGAGCUACAGGCAGAGGUUGAGCAGGAUGGGACUCUAUUCCUUGCAGUGCAGGAGGAUGAGUGGGUGAUCUUAUAGAGGUGUACAAAUUCAGAGAAGAAGAGAUCG